UUCCACUUCAUUCAUCAUACACCUGCUUUCCACAAUUAAAAGUAUUUGUAGCACAGUUACUCACAAUCAUAUCCAGACAAGUCAUAAUAAUUGUUUAUUACAGUCCUCAACAUUAGCGGAGACACUUACACACCAUGUUUGAAUUUCUCUUCCUUAGCUUCCUCACCUUUGCAACUACUCACGCAGAUACACGCUACGUUGACUAUGCAUACCUAAAUUGCUCCACUGACACAGAUGCGGGCAGUGUCUUCAAAUUCAAUCUCGACACGCUGCUACGGAGAUUAUCUAAUGCUACAACUGACAACGGCUUCAACAAAACCAAUGUCACUGGAGAAAACCCCUCAGACUCAGUCUUUGGAUUGUUCGUGUGUAGGGCUGACGUUCCCUCUCAGCUUUGUCGACAAUGCGUCAACAAAGCAGCCCAACAGUUAGCCCUAGACUGUUCCUACUCCCAACAAGCUCUCAUUUGGUACGAUGACUGCAUGCUUCGUUAUUCCAACUACUCCUUCUUCUCUACCCUCGACACAAGGCCUAAGUUUACCGUAACCAGCAUCCUCAACAUCUCUAACGAGGAAAGCUUCAGGCGUUUAUUGUUUCGGACCAUGAACAAAACUGCAGAUGAAGUAACUUAUCCGCUUCAUCCUAUCAGUGCCAAGAAGUUUGCCACAAGGCAAGCAAGCGUGUCUGGAUUUCAGAGGCUUUAUUGUAUGGCGCAGUGCACUCCAGACUUGUUAUCCAAGGAUUGCAGCAGCUGUCUGGAGGGAGCCAUAGGGGACCUUCCAUGGUGCUGUGGAGGGAGACAAGGAGGGAGAGUUUUAUAUCCCAGUUGUUUUGUUAGGUAUGAAUUGUACCCUUUUUAUCGCCACAUUGAUCCCUCAGCGCCACCUUCGCAUCCCCCACGGCCGGUUCCUGUUCCUGCGUCAAAAUUUUCAGACGCAGAUCCAAAUUAUCUUAACCACAAUUGCUCAGCUGAUGCCACUGCUGACAGCGAUUUCAACAAGGACCUCGAUACCCUCCUCUCUUACUUGUCUUCCAAUGCCACCAAAUCAUACUACAAGGACAGUGUCGACGACAAUGCGUAUGGCCUAUUCAUGUGCCGUGGCGACCUUCCCUCUCAACUCUGUCAACAAUGCGUCCUAAACGCAACCAGUUAUUUAUCUUCACGCUGCAAUUCUUCUCAAGAGGCUAUAAUUUGGUUCAGCCACUGCAUGCUACGCUAUUCCAAGAACUAUUUUUUCUCCCACAUGGAAAAAAGCCCAAUGUUUCAAAUGUUGAAUGUUACCGCUACCUCCAGCCCCAUCCCUGGCCAAGACGACUUCACUUACUCAUUAUCAACUACUUUAGCUAGUCUGGCAAAGGCAGCAGGAGAUAGUGCAGAGAAAUAUGUGAAUAAAUCAAUAGCAUUGAAUGAUGCACAGACCCUUUACACUCUUGGUCAGUGUACGCAGGAUUUGUCCAGUGACGACUGUGUGGGCUGUCUCUCAGACAUAAAUGGAAGAAUUCCAUGGUCAAACUUGGGGAGCGUUGCGGGAAGAAUUCUAUAUCCAAGCUGCAAUAUCAGGUUUGAAUUAUUCCAAUUUUACAGAGCUGGUGGUGACCCAGCUUCAUCACCUUUUCAAGAAAGGAAAAAAGGGCAAUCUCGUACAAUGAUUUUUGUUAUUGUACCGACGAUUAUUUCGCUGACACUACUCUCUUUAGUCUACUAUUUGAUAAACUACUAUUUGAUGAAGAGAAAAAGAAGAAAAAAUGUUAAGAGGAUUCUCAGAGAACAAUUUGGUCACGAAAGUGUAGCUUUAGAGCCAUUACAAUUCAAGUUAUCUGUAAUUGAGGCCGCGACCAACAACUUUUCGCAGGAGAAUAAAAUUGGUAGAGGUGGAUUUGGAGAAGUUUAUAAGGGUGUUCUUGAUGGAAGACAAAUAGCGGUAAAACGACUUUCAAUAAGCUCUAGCCAAGGAGAAAAUGAGUUCAAGAAUGAAGUUUUAUCGAUAGCUAAACUUCAACACAGAAAUCUUGUGAGAUUUAUUGGCUUUUGUCUUGAAGAACAAGAUAAAAUACUAAUUUAUGAAUAUGUUCCAAACAAGAGUCUUGAUUACUUUUUAUUUGAUACUCAAAGAUCGAAGUCGUUAGAUUGGUAUGAACGUUACAAUAUUAUAGUGGGCAUUGCUCGUGGAAUUCUUUAUUUACAUGAACAUUCUAGACUCAAAAUCAUACAUCGAGAUCUUAAGCCUAGUAACAUUUUAUUAGAUGAAAAUAUGAUUCCCAAAAUUUCAGAUUUUGGUUUGGCUAGAAUUGUUGAAAUAAAUCAAGAUCAAGGGAGUACACUCAAUGUUGCCGGAACGUAUGGUUAUAUGUCUCCAGAAUAUUUGAUUCUUGGAAGAUUUUUUGAAAAAUCAGAUGUUUUUAGUUUUGGAGUAAUGGUUCUAGAGAUCAUUACCGGAAAAAAGAAUGCAAGUUCAUAUGAAUCCAAUCGAAUUGCUUAUAACCUCUUCAGUUAUGUUUGGAGGCAAUGGAAGGAUCAUGCAACACUUGGUAUAUUAGACCCAAGUAUUAAAGAAAAUUUUUCUGAAAUUGAAGUGAAUAGAUGCAUUCAAAUUGGUUUACUAAGUGUUCAACCAAAUCCCAAUGCUAGACCAACAAUGGCAGAAAUUGUUUCAUAUAUUAGUAGUUGUUUCUAUAUUAGUAGUUAUUUAAUUCAGUUGCCAAGUCCAGGAGAACCUACAUUUGGUAGACUAGAUCGACCAGGAAUUUUACAAGAAUCGAGUUCUAGUCAAUUUACAAAUGUUUCCACUCCAUUCUUUACUAAUGAAAUGUCUAUGAGUGAAUUUCUUCCUCGAUAACAAAUAAUUUUCCUUUUAA